UGGGGCAGUCUGGUAAAUUCCUGCGCCGGUGGCGGCCGAUGACGGUCUGGUCUUGGUGGUCUUGGGAGCCGCGCACUCCCGUUUCUUCUUCCUCUCGCACGCGGUCGCUGCAUAUUCUCCCACACCCCAAUUUCUGCUUCUACUUCGUGUCCUCCGAUCGCACCCAACUUCAGCAAGUUAAACGUGGGUUGUCUCUACCCUACGGCCACAAACAGAGGCCUCGACACCGGAGGGAGGCGGUGAGAUCUCCCGGCGGCAUGUCGUUAGAUUCGGACUCCUCUUCGCAGGGCGGCGACCGCCGGAGCUUCCGGCAGAUCACACGAGACCGAUUAUUAUUUGAAAUGCUCAGGUCGACUAGGAAGGAUUCAAAAUCAGCAUGGAAGGUUCUUAUCAUGGAUAAGUUUACGGUCAAGAUAAUGUCCUACUCAUGUAAGAUGGCAGACAUCACAGAAGAAGGGGUUUCAUUGGUUGAAGAUCUAUACAAACGGAGACAGCCAUUGCCUUCACUGGAUGCUAUAUAUUUCAUCCAACCAACUAAAGAAAACGUUGUUAUGUUCCUCUCUGACAUGUCAGGAAGAAGCCCGUUAUACAAGAAGGCGUAUGUGUUUUUCAGUUCUCCCAUACAGAAAGACUUAGUUGCUCAAAUAAAAAGGGAUUCAAGUAUAUUACCUCGUAUUGGUGCACUUAGUGAGAUGAAUUUGGAGUACUUCCCUAUUGAUUCCCAGGGUUUCAUAACUGACCAUGAAAGGGCAUUGGAAGAGCUUUUCUGUGAGAGUGCAGAAGGCUUCAACAAAUACAAUGCUUGUUUGAAUGCAAUGGCUACUCGUAUAUCUACAGUAUUUGCAUCUAUGAGGGAAUUUCCCCGUGUGCACUACCGCAUUGCCAAGACCAUUGAUGCUUCUACAAUGACAACACUAAGGGACAUGGUGCCCACAAAGAUUGCUGCUGGUGUAUGGAAUUACCUCUCCAAAUAUAAAACGUCAAUUCCUGAAUUCCCGCAGACAGAAACUUGUGAACUUCUCAUAGUAGACCGUUCAGUAGAUCAGAUCGCACCAAUAAUUCAUGAAUGGACUUAUGAUGCCAUGUGCCAUGAUCUGCUAUGCAUGGAUGGUAACAAGUACGUACAUGAGGUUUCAAGUAAAAAUGGUUCAGCCUCAGAAAAAAAGGAGGUCCUGUUAGAGGACCAUGAUCCAGUUUGGCUUGAACUUCGACAUUCCCAUAUAGCAGAUGCAAGUGAAAGACUUCAUGAUAAGAUGACACAUUUUGUCUCGAAGAACAAAGCUGCUCAACGACAGCAAGCAAGAACCGGAGGAGAGCUAUCAACUAGAGACCUACAAAAAAUGGUUCAAGCUCUUCCACAGUACACUGAUCAAAUUGACAAGCUUUCGCUGCAUGUCGAGGGUCUACGCCUGGCUUUGUACAAAGGAUUACAUGUCUUGCCGACAAACUUGUACAAAAAGGGUUGCCGGGAUGCUCGGCAACCACGCGUCAUGUGUAGAACUUGCGAAGAUGCUCAGUAUUCCAUGAGUUGCGCACCGGAGUGCCAUCUUCGAUCUCCAGACGGACUGCGCCAGAUUGCAGGAAAACUCAAUGUCAUAAUAAGGGAGCAAUGUCUUAGAGAUGUUGGACAACUAGAGCAAGAUCUUGUAUUUGGUGAUGCUGGGACAAAAGAAUUAAUCAAUUUUUUUCGGACACAAUUGGGUGUAAGUCGUGAAAAUAAGUUGCGUCUGCUCAUGAUUUACGCAGCAAUCAAUCCAGAGAAGUUUGAAAGCGAUAAGGGUACAAAAAUGAUGCAGUUGGCAGGAUUAUCUGCUGAUGACAUGAUUGCUGUGAAUAAUAUGCGCUGCUUAUGCACUGACACAAAAAAGUCCUCAGGAGGAGCUUUUACACUGAAAUUUGAUGUUCAGAAGAAAAAACAUGCACAUAGAAAAGAGCGAACAACGGAACAAUCAGCAUGGGCACUGUCCCGAUUUUAUCCGGUUCUGGAGUGUGGGUAUUGCGCCGAAGCCUUGGACCUCUGCGGUGCGACUCCAGCCAGGGAGGGGUUGUCGCACAGCAUAGGCAAGGGAAGAAGUAUCAGAUGGGAGAUAAUUUGAUUCUUUGUUGCUAGCCUGAUCUGACUAGGACGUGGGCACUAUAAAGUGCAUACAAAAGACUUGAGGCCUAAGGCUAGGAUCCUAGCAAACGUGGAAAGGACUAUACAAACUAGGAAACAAUUUCUAGAGAUAAGACCCUACCAAACUUCAAGAUGCAGAUUUGUUUCCUAAUGUGAUCUGCUACCGGUUGCACCAGCUAAGCCCACACGUGACAGCUGGUUUCACCCCAAUCUGCUAAGCUAUCUCUGACAACUGCAGCAACAGCAACAACAACUUUAGGCGCAAACAAGUUGGGGUAGGCUAGAGCUGAAACUCACAAGAUCUCGAAACUGACUCAUGGCUCUGGCACGUGGAUAGCUAACUUCCAUGCACCCCUGUCCAUGGCUAGUUCUUUAGUGAUAUUCCAGACCUUCAGAUCUUUCUUUACGGACUCCUCCCAUGUCAAGCUUGGUCUACCUUGCCCUCUCUUGACAUUAUCAGCAUGCAUUAGCCGUCCGCUAUGCAUUGGAGCUUCUGGAGGCCUGCGCUGAAUAUGGCCGAACCAUCUCUUCAAUCGGUGCUACCCUCACAUAUAUCAUCAUUUCAGACCCGAUUCUUUCUUUUGUGGCCGCACAUCCAUCUCAACAUGCGCAUCUCCGCUACACCUAACCGGUGAACAUGUCGCCUUUUAAUCGGCCAACGCUCAGCCAUACAAUAUUGCGGGUCAAAUCGUCGUCCGGUAGAACCUACCUUUUAGCUUUUCUGGCACUCUCUUGUCACGGAGAACGCCAGAAGCUUGACGCCACUUCAUCCAUCUGGUUUUGAUACGAUGGCUCACAUCCUCAUCGAUAUCACCAUCCUUCUGCAACAUUGACCUCAAAUGUCGAAAGGUGUCCUACUGAGGUAUCACCUGCCCAUCAAGGCUAACCUCCUCAUGCUUAGUAGUACUGAAACCGCACCUCAUGUACUCCGUUUUAGUUUUACUAAGUCUAAAACCUUUUGAUUCCAUGGUUUGUCUCCAUAGCUCUUAACUUUCUAUUAACCCCCGCCCAACUAUCAUCGACUAGCACCACAUCAUCCGCAAAGAGCAUACACCACGGGAUAUCUCCUUGUAUAUCCCUUGUGACCUCAUCCCUCACCAAAGCAAAAGGUUAAGGGCUCAAAGCGGACCCUUGGUGCAGUCCUAUUUUAAUCGGGAAGUCAUCGGUGUUGCCAUCAUUUGUUCGAACACUUGUCACAACAUUAUUGUACAUGUCCCUUGAUGAGGGUAAUGUACUUUGUUGGGACUUUGUGUUUCUUCAAGGCCCACCACAUGCCAUUCCGCGGUAUUUUAUAGUAGGGACUUUGUUGGGACUUUGUUUUGGCAGGCAGGUCAAGUGCCAUCAUUGCAUGCACCGGCAUUGCUGUCAAGGUGGUUUUCGCCAACACCAAUCUGCCACUCCAGUGUAGUAGAGAGGCUCGCCAACUUGGUAACUUGUCGGCCACCUUAUCCACCAAAUGCUGCAGUUGAGCUGGGGACGGUUUGCGUAGCCCAAGGGUAGGCCAAGGUAUGUGCAUGGGAAUGGGAGGAUUUGGCAUUUGAGCUCCUCCGGAACUAUAUCCACCUGCUCCGGACUGCAUCUGAUGAGAUGUGCAGAGCACUUGGCCAGGUUUAUGCAAAAGCCAGAUGCCUUCCCAAAGUCGUCUAUCAUUCUGACACAGGCUCUCAGCCCCUCUUGUGUCUGGCGCCACAAAUGUCAUGACGUCGUCCGCAUAUAUGGACAUACGGUGGUGAAGUCCCACAGUGGCUAGGGGAGGCAGAAUACCCCGCUCAGCAGCAGCCCGCAGCAUGAAGUGUAACCCGUCCAUCACUAGGACAAAUAGCGGCGGGGAUAGGGGAUCCCCCUGCCGCAACCCCUUCUGGUUGUAGAUCACCUCGCCGGGUAUGCCAUUCACCAGCGCGCGAGUAGACGAGGUGGGUAGCAGCCCAGGAUCCAAGCUCGCCAACGAUGACCAAAACCAAGCUUGUGCAGGACCUCAAGUAAGAAGGCCCAAUCCACAGUAUCGAAAGCCAUCGUAAUGUCUAGCUUUAGCAUCGCUGCCGCUUUCUUGGAGCUGUGCAGUUUUUGGGCCAUCCCUUGCACCAUCAUGUAAUUAUCAUGUAAGCAUCUGCCGCGAUGAAUGCACUUUGAUGCGAUCCAACAAGUGUGGUCAUCUUGGAGCCAUCCUAGUGGCAAGCACCUUGGCCACUAGCUCUGGGAAACUAUGUAUGAGACUUAUCGGCCGGUAGUCUCUGAUCUCCACGGCCUCUCCACGCCUAUCCAGGCAGGAACCCAACAAGUUGAAGAACUCGUCCACCGCAUCUGCCUUAUCCUCAUGAUCUGAGACCGGAGUGCCCUCCACAUUUAAUGAUGUGAUGGACCUCCUCCUCCUAUGACUUGCGUGGGCAUGGAAAAAUUGUGUGCAUGCGUCACCUUCCUUGAGCCACGUGAUCCUCGAUCUUUGCCUCACAAUCGUCCUCUCAAGUGAGGCCAACCCGAGUAGUUUCUUCUUGAGCAGCCGCCUAAGCGUUUGUUCCUCUACCAAUAGCUCUCUGGAUUCCAUAGCCACGUCCAAUCUCUGGAUAACCUCGUUGGCAAUGAGGAUUUGUAGCUUAAUGUUGCCGACAAAACGAUCACUCCAGCUUGCCAGCUUGCAACCGUAGCCUUGAGCUUAGCCGCCAGCCUCUUGAAAGGGUUUUGCUCCGGAGUGACUGAGUUCCAUGCUUGCUGGACCACCUCAUGGAAGCCAUCAAUUCUCGUCAAAAAACUCUCAAUAUGAAGCCGUGUCCGCCUUCUGUGAUCUGGGACCAAGCUGAGGAGCAAAGGGCAAUGGUCAGAGACACUAGUGCUCAACGCCGUUGGGAAAGAUGAUGGGUAUAAUGGCUCCCACUCCCCAGAGGCGAGGCAUCGAUGCAGCUUCUCCAAGCUUGGCUGGCGACAUUCGUUAGACCAUGUAUAUCUACGACCAUUAAGAUAAAAGCCGCACAACUCCAAGUCUGAGAUCUGGACGCUUCACUAAAAUCUAGAUCAGGCCGCCUCGUUGGCUUCUGCUGGCUGCUGCUCCUGGGCGCGAUGCUUCGCACGUCCGCCCCUACCCAGCUCGCCUGCCGGCCCUGCAGGUCCACGGCUGCUGGAUUCCGCUGGACUGCUGCCUCUUGUCUGCCUGCGGGUCUUGCGCUGCCCACCUAUCCAGCUUCCCGCCGUCGUCUACCCCACCAGGCAGACCAAAUUGAGGUUGCCUCGUUCAGCUCAGGGCCGGUAGCACACCUCCCUGGCCAGGACGUAGGCCGCUGCUCCGUUCGCGUGUGCUCCUGGCCGUUAUGAUAGUCUUCAGAGUCAAGCCAAAGGGGGUAACAAGAUGGUACAUCAGAGAAACACACCACAUCAGUAGAAGAUACAAGAUAAGUAUUAAGAGAAGAUGGAUUGUCAAAGGAAGAUGGCCCAUCAAGAGAAAAACAUUGCACAGAAAAUCAUAGCCCACAACAACCGACGGCGAAAAAAGCUCAACGGCUAAGACAAUGGGCACAGAUCGACAAUGCAAAAAGAGUCCACGAAAAUCGUAUAGAAAACAACAAGGACAAGUAGGCAACAAAAGUCCCGAUCCUGACGAUGUUUAUCUGCCUGAGACUUGAUUCUCUAUUGAGCAUGCAGUAAGUUGUCACGCAACAUAGCUAGAAAAUCCUCACGAUCCAAGGGAGGUAUGAUAUGAGGAAUUGUACCAAAAUUCCGCCAUUGGCAACCAACGCUUCCAACGAGCUGGACUGUCAUGAACAGCACACCGCAGAUACUGCUCUAAGCAUUGGUUUACACGCUCCGAUUGGCCAUCCGUCUGUGGGUGGUAGGCUGUAGAGUAACAGAGUUUAGUGUCAAUUUUCGUGAACAAUUUCUUCCAGAAACUGCUAGUGAAUACUUUAUCACGAUCAGAGACAAUGAAAGCCAGCACGCCAUGAAGACGGACAAUAGUAUCAAUGAACACAGCUGCCACGGACUGUGCUGUAUACGGAUGUUUCAAAGGAAGGAAAUGGGCAUACUUUGUAAAACGAUCGACCACCACCAAAAUCACCUCAAAUCCCUCUGAUUUGGGUAACCCAUCUAUGAAAUCCAUGGUUAUGUCUUUCCAUGGGCGGUCAGGAACUGGGAGGGGUUGGAGCAGACCACCAGGCACUGUUCUUUCAUGUUUUGCCUGCUGACAAACUUGGCAUUGUCGAACCCAGUCCGCCACCUGUUUCUUCAGUCCUACCCAAUGAAAAAGGUUGGAAACCCGCCAGUAGGUAGCCCUGACCCCAGAAUGACCUCCAACUGCGCUGGAAUGCAACGCACUAAUCAAUUUGGUUUGUAAGGCAGAGUUGUUGGGUAUCCAGAGGCGACCAUUGUAGCGAAUCAGUCCUUGGUCCAGGGAAUGACCAAUGUGCAUCAGGACUAUGUACAGCGAGCUGUGCAAGUAACUCCAUGGCCACAGAGUCAGUUUUAUAAGCGUUGAGCACCUCCUGCAUCCAAAUGGGUUGACACACGGAAAUGGCAGAAAUAGUAUACACUUGACGAACACGAGACAGUGCAUCAGCAACAUUAUUGUCAGAACCCUUGCGAUAUCGGAAUUGGAACUGGAGACCCACCAUUUUGGCCAUAGCUUUACGUUGCAGAUCUGAGGUCAGUUUUUGAUCCUGUAAAUGGCACAAACUCUUAUGAUCAGUGACAAUGGUAAAGAUACCUCGCUGGAGAUAUGGCCGCCACUUGUCAAUCGCCAUUAUGACAGCUAAAAAUUCCUUCUCGUAAACUGACAGUUUCUGAUUUUUAACACCCAACGCUCUACUAAGAUAAGCAAUGGGAUGAUUGUCCUGGGAGAGAAUAGCACCAAUGCCUGUGGCUGAAGCAUCUGUUUCCACUUCAAAAGGUUUACUGAAAUCUGGCAAGGCUAACACAGGAGCACUGGUCAUAGCUGUUUUCAGGCUUUGAAAAGCUACAGUAGCUUGUUCAGUCCACAGAAAGCCGUUCUUUGUCAGCAACUGAGUCAAAGGCCAUGGUUCCAUAAUUCCGGACAAACUUUCGAUAGUAACUCGUCAGCCCAAGGAAUCCCCGUAGUUCAGUAGCAUUGGUAGGCUGAGGCCAUUGUUCCAUAGCCAGAGUCUUUUCUGGAUCUGUAGCCACACCUUCUGAGGAAAUCACAUGGCCCAAAUAUUGAAUUUCCGUCUGAGCAAAAGAGCAUUUGGAAAGCUUCACAAACAACUGAUGCUCACGCAAGGUCUGCAGUACCGAGCGAGAUGCUCCAAAUGUUCCUCCCAAGUGGUACUGAAAACUAGAAUCUCGUCCAGAAACAUGAUGACAUACUUGCGAUUAGCUGGAGCUAAAAUGUUGUUCAUUAAGCACUGAAAUGUUGGUGGUCCAUUGGUCACCCCAAACGGCAUAACACAAAAUUGGAAGUGUCCUGAAUGUGUCUUGAAUGCAGUCUUCUCCUCAUCCGGUUCAUGCAUACGGAUUUGGUGGUAACCUGCCCUGAGGUCCAGCUUGGAGAAAGUUUUUGAUCCUGCCAGUUCAUCAAGUAAUUCAUCGACAAUAGGAAGAGGGAAUUUGUUCUUCACAGUGAUGGCGUUGAGUUUGCGGUAAUUCACGCAGAAACGCCAGCUGCCGUCUUCUUUCUUAACCAGAAGUACUGGAGAAGCGUAUGGGCUCAUGCUAGGUUUCACAAUCCCUGCUUUGAGCAUCUCUGCCACUUGUCGUUCAGUCUCAUCUUUCUGUUGUGGCGAGUAUCGAUAAGGCCGAGAGUUAGGAGGAUUAUGUCCCACUUCCAAGGUAAUUGCACGAUCAUACACUCUGUGUGGAGGCAGGCCAGUUGGAGUUUCGAACACAUCUUGGAAUUCUUGUCAAAACUGCAGCUAAAUCUUCUGGAUGCGAGCCCGACUUAGAAACUGCAUUACCGGAAGAAGGAUCAACCACUGCCAUAGCCCAAACAUCAUUGCCAUGCAGAGCUUUGUCCAAUUGCUCUAUCGACGUCGGUUGCAAUUGCAUAGGGGAAACAGGUUGAACACCUUGAAGGGAAAUCAUAGCAUCAUAUGUACAAACUGUAACGAUUUUCCCUCCCAAUCACAAGUCAUUGGACUGUGACACUUCAGCCAAUCCAUCUCCAAGACAGCAUCAUAUGCUCCCAGCUGUAGCACUCGCAUUGGUGUUUCAAAAGUGUGACCCUGUGCCCACCAAGUCAAAUUCGGGGCCUGAAACUUGGAUUCCAUAGCUUGACCAUUUGCAACGGUAACUUGCACUGAUGGAACAGCGACCAAGUCCAACGAAGCGCGCUUGGCAAAGUUUUCAUCCACAAAGUUGUGACUACUGCCUGAGUCCACGAGGGCUAACAUGACUUGGUUGCUUACCAGAGCUCGGAUGCGAAUUGUUUCAGCAUUAUCAGCCCCAGAAACAGCAUGAGCCGAGAUCUCACAGCAUUCCAAUUUUUCAGGUUCACUCAGUAGCUCCAAUGCUUGGACAGCAUCUUCAGUCAAAAUUUCACCGUGCUCUCCCAACUGGAUUGUAAGGAGCUGCAUAGGCUUUUUACACUGAUGUUCCUUACUAUAUUUCUCUCCACAACGAAAACACAGUCCGUUGGCACGGUGAUAAUCUCUUAACUGACGUUCUCUGCCAAAAUCAUCCGUGUUUUUCUUCUGCACUGGAGGAAUAGGUGAAGCUGUAGGAAGACUUGACUGAUGAUGUACAAAACGCUGAAACUUGGGUUUGCUUUUUUGAAAUUCCAACUCUUCUUCCUGAAUUCUGGCCAAACAGACGGCUCUAGUCACACUGGACGGGGCUUGUAAUCGGACUGCUGCUCGUAUCUCAUCCUUGAGGCCCAACAAAAACUGAGAUGAAAUUUUUUGAGUUCAGAGAAGGAUCGAUAGCAAUCAGGUGAUACAUGGCUAUCUCAAAUUCAGUUUUAUACUCCAGAACUGUGCCCUGUUGUUUCAGUUUCAGAAUAUUUGUCAUGUGAGACUCAAAUUCACCGUGACCAAACUCCAAUUCAAUCUCGCUAG